AAACUAAACAAAACUAUGAGACUUUGUAUCGCACUGUUAGGUGCAAUAGCCGCUGGUUUCCUGUCCAGCCAUCGGUCCAGUCUCAGUGUGUCGAUAGUAUCGAUGACCAAAUACCACACCAUCGGUGCACAAAACAGUACCGAUUCCGGUCAAUGUUUUAGUAUAACUGAUAGCACAGGUGAUGGCACACAAUAUGAUGAUAGUGUGGUUGAUGUUAUUAGAGGAGAGUUUGAUUGGGAUGAGAAACUACAGGGCAUUAUACUAGGCGCCAGUUUUUAUGCUUAUUUGAUAACACCGACAAUAGCCGGCCGUAUCACCGAACGAUUCGGCAGCAAAUGGGUUACAUUGACAGCAGUAACCGCACCGGGCGUACUAUUAGCGCUGAUUCCCGUAGCCGCCAGAUAUAAUGUUUACCUAUUGAUAACCUUAUUGGCAGCAAUGGGCUUAUUUCACGGCUGUAUCUUUACAUCCCUGUUCUCUCUGUUCGCCCAUUGGUUCACUGCUACUGAACGAUCUAUAGCGUUAGCCGCGGUCGCAGCGGUUCACAACUUUGGCAAUGUUGUUACCUAUCCGUUGGCCAGUUAUUUGUGUGAUAAUGGAUUUGCUGGUGGCUGGCCGUCAGUGUUCUACGUGAUCAGUGCGGCACACAUACCGUGGAUAGUGAUGUGGUUGUUGUGCAUUGAGGACACACCACUUAUUAGCAAUACUCGCGGUUUCGUUAAAUGCUCGGACAGUGAGCUCAAGUAUAUAACAACUCAUAAGUGUUCAUUUGGUGCGCCAAAAAAAAAUUCAAAAGCACCAUGGCUAAAUAUAUUCACCUCUCGUCCACUUUGGACAGCCGUCAAUGCCAAAUUGUGCGCCGGAUGGGGUUAUUAUCUAUACCUGAGCAAAAUGCCAUCCUAUUUGGACAAAGUAUUUGGUAUGCCAUUAAUGCAAAAUGGUAUGUUUAACUCCAUGCUAUCGCUGGCCACUGGCAUUACAAUGGCACUGGGAGGUCCGUUAUCUGCUCUAAUCAUCAAACGAUACAAAAAUCGCAUAUCAAAAACAAAUAUCAGAAAACUGUUUGAAUCGGUAGCACUGAUAGGACCGGCCGUAUGUCUGUUGGCUAUCACACAAAUCGGUUGUCACUCGCAAUCAGUGGUCGCACUGUUAAUCGUAGCACUGUUUCUAUACGGACUAUUCACUGGCGGCGAGUUUGCCGUCUAUGGCGAGAUAGCGCCAGACUUUUCUGGUACAGUGUUCGGUAUAGCCGGUACUCUGGGCGCUAUUCCUGGUUUUGUGGCGCCCUAUGCUGUGGGCGUCAUUUUGGGCGAUCAGCCAGGUCACAUUGAUCGCUGGAAUAUUGCAUUUUAUAUAACAAUUGGUUUGUAUAUAUUCGGUGCGUUAGGUUUUUUGUUAUUUGCAUCGGCCGAACCCCAGCACUGGGGUGUCAUUCACGAUAAGGAAACACCUAAAAUCAUCAAACUGUAA